AUGGCUUUCAAUUGGAGCACCGGACGGUUUCCGGCCCGUAAUGUAGCUUCAUGUAAGGGCAAGUUGUACUGGAGGAACAUGAAUCGGCAAGUUGUUGUCUUCAAUCCUCUCCGUCAGUGUUCCUUGGUUGUUCUUGAUAUCUCGAGGUUCUUCGUCGAGCGACUGAUGUACUGUGACGUCUGGGCGUCACAGGGGGUUCUGCACUUGAUCAUAAUCGAGCAUCAGGGAACUGUUCGAUCGAAUGACGUCUUGUGUGUUUGGAGACUGGAUGCAGGAGGUGUUGAGGAAUGGAGGAGGCUAUACAGGGUGUCAUUGAAGGAUAUGUUGAGUGAGGUUCAGGGCAUGGAGAUGAAACGUGUGCUGGGUAUGCAUCCAAACAAGCCGGAAAUCGUCUUCCUAGAGUUCGUGCACAUCGAUGGGAAUACUCGUGUCUUGUCCUGCAAUUUGCAGAAGCAGGAGCUGCAGUUCUUCACUGAAUAUCGGUCGGCAUCACUGGAUUUCCUUCACUGGAAUGUGUUUCAGCCGAUCCUUCGUUGGCCUACCCGAAUACCGAGAUACGAGGAUUUGAGAGGUGGGUUUGAUGGAAGCAGCAGUUUUUGGGUCCAGAAGAGCAACAAAUCAACUGCGGCGCGUUCAGAGGUAGGCAGUUUUCUACAAAGACUGCAACUUUAGAGUUUACUAGGUAGCCUUGGAUCUUCAGAUGGGAAAGAGGAGGAGAUAGUUUCUAGAGGUUGUUUGGAAGUUAUGGUUUGCUUCCUCUGGCAGGAACUCGUUUCCGAGGAAGUUAAAUAGUUAUGUUGCUAGAUAGGUAAUUACCAAGUCUACUUCCAUUGUUGGACUGUAGAUACCAUUUGGAAUUUUGGAUAUAUGUACGGUCCUGUAACUUUACAUUCAAAGAUUAUAAAGUAGAUUGAUCUUUUCGCCUA